AUGGAUAAAAUAAAUGGAUUUCUGGAUUUCUUGUCAUGCACGGCAGUUCAUCUACGGAACACAUUUCAAAUUCCAACACUUUUCGUUUUCGGUUUAAUGUGGAGAGUUCGCAUGAACGAAUUCGUGAUUCCAAGUGGUUGCCCUCCCUACCUCAUCGCAUCCGAACUCCGGAGCAUAUGUGAAGUGUUCACCAUAUUGAGGUGA